UCCUGUGACACACUAGCGCAAGCAACUUUCGUGGCUUUGCGGCGGCUUUGCAUCGCCUACGAAUCGUUCUGAGGUCCAAAGUCACCAGAGGAAGCCCAGACAACCGCCUGGACCAGCUGGUAGCACUUUCACGCCAGUCGACGCGCACCGCUGAGAUCAGCACAGGAGACAACAACAAUGAGCUCCCUCCUGGCACGCAUGCGGUCGAAGCCGAAACAAAAUGAAGACAACGGCCAGGUGGAGGCGGCCGUGGCCAAAUUGAAAGACGCGCGCCGUUUUGAUGAUAGCAAGCAGUACUCGACAGCAGUGAUGCUCUACGAGGAGGGCUUGAGAUUACUAAUAGAGCGCCAUCAAUCUGAGAGUGACGAGCCGAAGCGGGCCGUCAUCCUGAAGACCGUCGAAGAGUACAUGGCGCGCGCGGAGCGGUGCAAGCAGCUCGCGCAGGCGAAGCGCCCCGACCACGACAAUUAUGGGGCCAGGCCGCGGCCGCCGAAGGUGCCUCCACGAAAACCGGUCCGCCGCACGUCCCCGCAAGCGCCGCGACGCCGCACCUCGCCGCCGCCGCCAGCCGCGCCAGAGAACAUCGUGCGCGACCCCUUCGAAGCGCGCGUGCUCCAGGAGAUGCUCGACGGUUCUUCAGCUGUUAGGUGGGCGGACGUGGCCGGGUUGGAAGCUGCCAAACGCACUCUGAAAGAAGCUGUUGUGUUGCCGAACUUGAGACCGGACCUCUACCGAGGGCUCCGGGCGCCACCACGGGGUGUGCUCCUCUUCGGGCCGCCGGGCACGGGCAAGACUUUCUUGGCCAAGGCCGUCGCUACGGAGUCCAACGCUAAGAGCUUCUUCGCCGCAUCUGCGGCGUCGCUGACGUCCAAGUACGUGGGUGAAAGCGAAAAAAUGGUCCGCGCGCUGUUCCGGAUCGCUCGGGAGCGCCAGCCCUCGGUCAUCUUCCUCGACGAGGUCGACUCAUUACUGUCGGCGCGCGGCGACGGCGACCAGGAGAGUUCCAGGAGGAUGAAGACGGAGUUCCUUGUGCAGCUCGACGGCGCCGGCACUUCCAGGGAAGAUCGGAUUUUGUUUAUGGCCGCGACGAACCGUCCCUGGGACCUCGAUGAUGCCUUGUUACGACGCGUACCUAGACGGGUCCUCAUACCACUGCCUGAUUCUACUGCGAGAAGGGUCAUCUUGGAUGGUCUCCUUGAUCGGGGCGACGUCGCCCAAAAAAUAUCCGCGGCCGACCGGGCCGCGAUCGUCAAUGCCACUGAAAAUUACUCAGCGUCCGACCUACGAUUGCUCGCGGAGGACGCCGUCCAGGAGCCUUUGCGGGAACUCGGCGAGCGCAUCGCAUCUAUCAAUAUCAAGGAUGUGCGCCCAUGCAAAAAAACGGACUUCGCCAAGGCUUUGAGAGUCAUCAAGCCGAGCGCGGACGCAUCUCUGCUCGAACGCUACGACGAGUGGGCGCAGAAAUUCGGCACGCGCGGUAACUAACGAAGAAUCUUAGUAGUCC